AUGGAUAAAUACAAAAAAAUAAGAGUAGUUGGAAAAGGUAUUAUGAUAAAAUAAAUCAGGUAGUUUUGGAUAUGCCCUUCUAGCCUAGGCGUUGUCAAAUAAGAAAAACUAUAUUAUAAAAGUAUCAAAUGAUUUAAAUAAGAUAAUUGAUAUUUCUAAGAUGGACAGAAAAUAAAGAGAAGAAGCUUUAAAUGAAGUUCAUGUGUUAAAGGCAAUGAGACAUCCAUACAUUAUAACUUAUAGAGAAUCAUUUAUGGAAAAAAAGUAUUUAUUCCUUUAUAAAAUCAAUAUCAGAUGUCUAUGUAUUGUAAUGGAUUAUGCUGAUGGUGGUGAUUUAUAUGGUAAAAUAGCUAAACAAAAAGAACUUGGAAUUCUAUUUUCAGAAGAAUAAAUAUUAGAUUGGUUUGUAUAAAUGGCUUUGGCUAUGAAUCAUAUUCAUGAGAGAAAAAUCUUACACAGAGAUUUGAAAACUUAAAAUAUAUUCUUAACUAGCAAAAAUGAUGUUAAAAUAGGAGACUUUGGUAUUGCUCGGGUUUUAUAACACACAUAUGAUUGUGCAAAAACAGCAAUUGGCACUCCUUAUUAUUUAAGUCCAGAAAUUUGUUAAGAGAAACCUUACAAUUAAAAAUCUGAUAUUUGGUCUCUUGGUUGUAUAUUGUAUGAAUUAACUACUUUAAAUCAUGCGUUUGAUGCAUUAUCAAUGAAAGAAUUGGUUUUAAAAAUAUUAAGAGGUACCUAUCCUCCAAUACCAUCAUAAUAUUCAUCAGAAUUAUAAUCUUUAAUUGCUGAUAUGUUAAUUAAAGAUCCUUCUAAAAGACCUAGUAUAAAAAGAAUCUUAGAAAGAGAUUUCUUAAAAUAAAGAAUUGGUAAUUUGCUAGUUUCAACAUUAAAUAGACAUGAAUUGUAAGAAUUAACAGAAAUAAAACAAACAGAAAAUCUGUAAUAUAAUUAUCUUAUUUUUAGAUUAAUAUAGCCUUAAUAGACCGCAUAAUAAUUUAUUUUAUAAUAAAAAUAGUUUGAAUAGAAUAAAAUCUCUUAAAAUCUAAGUUAAAAUAAUUCUCCUAUUACUUCAAGAUAGAUUAUUUAAACUGUUGCUAGCAAAAAGCCUUCACCUAAAAAAGAUAAUAGCAAAGUCGAAUUAAAAUAAUUAUUUAAUAGACAAAAUUCACCUUUAUAAUCAUUAAAUUAAAAUUAUUCAAUAUAAUAAUAAUAAAUUUAGUAAUAGCAUCAACAAAUUGAUGAAAAAUUUGAAAAACCAUAAUCAUUUGCUAGUGUUGUUAGUUAAAAGGAAAAUCAACAACAGCCUAUUAAAUAUCAAAAUUUAGAAUUAUUAAAUAAAUUUUAUUUAAAAGAUAAUACAAAUAUAGUUAGACUUUAAAAUAAGAGUCCAAUCUUAUAAGAACAUAAGAGAAAAGAAUCAAUAGUAAGUUUAGUAAGAGAAGAUGACAGUUUUGAAUAAUAAUAAGGCUAUAAAUUCCUUAUUAAAGAUAUGCGAAAAUGCUUAGAUAAAAAAUAAUCUAAGGAAGAAGAAGAAUCAAUGAUUGUUGACAAUUUUAAAAUAGUUCCUUAGUAAUAUUUAUUAUUAAUUUAUUAAUAGAUUUCUUAAUUAAUAAAAAUAAUUUUAAGUUCCAGGGACUUCUGAACGAGAUACUAUAGGUUAUAAAAUAGAAGCUCUCAGAUAUUAUCUAGAAUAAUAAAUGGGUUUAGACUCUUUUAUGAGAGCCUAUCAAACCUUAGAGAAUAGUUAAGAGAGUGAAUAAUUGAAAUAAGCAAAUUAAUUACUAAAUUAAGAAUAAAGAAAAUACAUACCAUUAAUAAUCUAAUUAAUAGUUUGUGAAGAUUCAUAUUAUUGA